GCACUGCUUUUUAGCAAAACGAACAGCCAAUGUGCAGGCAACAGAAACAAACAAAUUUACAAAAGAGUCUGAGGUGGCAUAGAUAAAAAUAAAGCAGCGCGGCAGCCCAAUGGAGUGGCAGGCGUCGCGUCCUGGCAACAACAGGGAACACAGCGAGGCCUCGGCGCAGUCUAGAUUAUUGGGAAAAACUAUGUUCAAGUUUCAGUGUUGUGUUAACGCUGAGCGCGAUUAGGUCGCACAUCGCGGGGCUCACGUACACUGUGAAUCUGGAACAGGCAAACAUAAACACAUGAUCUGUAUUCAUAUUUACAUUACCGAUGGCACAUAUGUGUUGAUCAGUUCGUAGAACACAACAAUAACAUCUCAAAACGAUUAGGCUAUUUCUACAACAUCGAAGAAGUAAAUACAUGCCACACUCAUUCACUGUAACACAUGCUCACCUAUUCAUCAACUCACUCAAAGCACUCACAUAGUCAGACAGUCAGUCAGUCGGCCAGCCAAUCAGUCCGUCAGUGAAUCAAUCAAACAGUGAGUCAGUGAAUCAGUUAGUCAGCCAGCCAGCCAGCCAGCCAGCCAGCCAGCCAGCCAGCCAGCCAGCCAGCCAGCCAGCCAGCCAGCCAGCCAGCCAGCCAGCCAGCCAGUUUUCCUUCCAGAAUUUGACUAAAGGCCGAUUUGUUUUCUGAAUUUACCAAGAUAGUAUUGCGUUCCGAAUCCGAAUGAGGAUGGAGCUAACACUUACACUGGUUCUCGGCGCCCUUAUGACAACCAUUGGCUCGGCGAACUGCGCCAACCAAAAGCAAUUUCUUGAUGAACUGCUGAACAGCUAUGAUAUCAACGAAUCACCUCACCUCAGCAAAGGCCGCCCUACCGCCAUCAACGUUCAGAUGUUCAUCAAUUCCUUUGGGUCCCUCAAUGCAGCCAACAUGGACUUCAGCAUCGACGUGUUCCUAAGGCAGUCCUGGCACGACCCGCGCCUCGUCCUGCCCGGCCCCCGCGAGCGCGUGGCCAUCACCAACCCACAGACGCUGGCAAAGUUGUGGAAACCUGAUACGUACUUCAACAACUUGAAGGACGGCGAAAUCCAUAGGGUGUCCAUGCCUAACGUUCUGUAUAGAAUAUACAAGACUGGCGACGUUCUGUACAGCAUGAGAUUAACUCUGAGGCUUUCCUGCCACAUGGAGUUCCGCAAAUAUCCUCUCGACUCCCAGGUGUGCGGAGUCUUUAUCACCUCCUUUGCCAACACGGACGACUUGGUGAAGUACCGGUGGCUCGCCGACAGGCCCAUCGAUCUGCCGGAGGGCCUCGAGAUCGCGCAGUUUGAUCUCCUGGGAUUCUCUGCCAAUGAAACCAGCCACGCCUACGUAACAGGGAACUUCAGUGGCCUGUUGGCAGAGUUCAUGCUACGUCGCCAAAGUGGCUACCACGUCCUCCAGACCUACGUGCCCACCAUCCUCAUUGUGUCCAUCUCGUGGGUGUCCUUCUGGCUGGACCCGAACGCCGUGCCCGGGCGUGUCACCCUCGGGGUCACCACUCUGCUCACCCUCACCACCCUCGCCUCAGGCAUCAGGGCUUCCCUGCCGCCUGUCUCAUACGUAAAGGCUAUUGAUGUCUGGAUAGGAACGUGCAUGAUUAUGGUAUUCAGCGCUCUCGUGGAAUUUACUUUGGUUAACUGGCUCUUCAACAAGAAAGUUACUAAGUCUCUCCUCAAGAUUCCGGAAUCAGCGGCGUCCCCGCAGAGCCAAAGGGACAGCGUGCCGGAGACCAGCCAGGCCCGGCGCACGUACGCUCGCUACGCCCUCCUCAUCGACAGGCUUAGUCGAUUCAUUUUCCCCGUUCUUUUCCUCUUGUUCAACCUUACUUACUGGCUUUGUUACUUAGUCUCUUAAGAAUCCGUUAAACGCAUAUGUUCAAGCUCACAUCACACACACACACACACACACACACACACACACACACACACACACACACACACACACACACGCACGCACGCACGCACGCACGCACACACACACACACACACACACACACGCACAAACACACACACACACACACACACAUAUAUAUAUAUGUAUAUAUACAUAUAUGAAUUUCUGGGUUUUUCUAUAAUAUAUAUGUGUCUGCGUGUGUGUGUGUGUGUGUGCGUGUAUAUCUUCUGGUAGAUAUACCGGUUGUCAUUUGUAAUAAAAUACAAAAAAAUAAAACCGUAUUUGAUGUAAUAUAAAGCGUGAACUGGACGAAGAAAAUAAACAUAUAAAAUAAUGUAUUUAAUUUACCCAAAUUAAUCAAUAUAUACGAGGGAAAAGAUGCUUGCGCGCUCACACACACACACACACACACACAC